AUGACAUGUUCAAAAAUAUUUUCAGGAGAUUUACCUGAAAUAACAUAUGAUAUCAUAAAAUAUUUUAAAGAUGAUAUCUCAACUUUAUAUUCAUGUGUUUUAGUCAACAGAUUUUGGUGUCGUUUAGCUAUUCCAUUAUUAUGGAAUAAUCCAUUCUCAAUUCCUACAAGAAAUUGUAAAUUUAUUGAAACUUAUUUACAUCAUUUAAAUGAUGAUUUAAAAGCAAAAUUGAAUGAAUAUAAAAUUAAUGAUAAUAUUUUUCCUCCAAAUACACUUUUCAAUUAUACUAUUUUUUUAAAACAACUACAUACAAGAAAAGUUAUUUUUUCUAUUGAAAAGUGGUCAAAAGAUGUUAAAAUUUUAAAACCCAAGAGUCGAUCAAUUUCAAAUUUUAAAAGAUUAGUUCAUAUGUCAUUAAUUCAAAUCUUUAUUGAAAAUGAAGUAAAAUUACAUACACUUGAUAUUCAAAUCACCAAUUAUAAUUGUUAUGAUUCUUAUAUAGAUGAUAUACUUGAUUUAAUGUUAGAGAAUCCCAAUUUCUUUCAUAAAAUUAAAAAUUUAAAAGUUUGUUUUAUUAAUUCCUCAUAUAAUGAUCAUAAUAAUCGUAUAUCACAAAUAAUUAAUUUACAUCAAAAUCUUAAAAAAAUUAUAUUAGGUUAUAAAAGUUUUCCUUUAUAUCAAUCAUUAUUAUUAUCAAAUGAUUAUAAUCGUACAAAUACUUUAAAUACAAUUGUUUUUUAUCAUAUAAAUUUUAAUGGUAUAAUCAAUUUAAACAAAGUAUUUGAACAAUUGAAUGGUUUAGAAUCUGUUCACAUCAUUUACUGUUAUUCUUUAUGUGCUGGAUUUAUUAAACAAAUAAUUAAAUUAACUAAACCAUUCAAAGUAAAAUCUUUAUAUUUUGGUGAAAAUUUUCAAAUUGAUGAAUAUAUACAUUUAUUUUUACAAAAAUUUGGUGAUUAUAUGGAAAAUUUUGGAUUUAGAUUUGGAGUUGAUUUAUUAUCUGAACAACAAUUACUUGAAUUAAUUACAAAAUAUUGUAAAAAUAUCAAAUUUCUUGAUUUGAUCAUAUCUGAAAAUCGGAUUGUCUAUACAUUAUUCAAUUUAAUAGAAAAUAUAAAUCAAAAUCUUAAAUAUCUUUCUAUUACUAUCUUAAAUAAUUCACAAGCUAGUGAACAUAGUUCAAUUAUUUUACGAAAUUUAGGUCAAAUACUUCCUAACAAAUUAGAAUACUUAAAUUUGGUUCUUAAUAUUAAUAUAGAUGAUUUUGAAAUAUUCUUAAAAAAUUCUCAGGAUACUUUUAUUGAAAAGUUUUUGAUUGAUAAUAGGGGAUGUCGUGAUGUUUUAUCUUGUGCAAAAGAAUAUAUUAUGAAAGAAAAAAGAGUUAAAUAUUUGGCUAUUAGAGAUUAUAGAAAUUAUAAUAAGAUGGAUCUGUAUUUUUUGAAAGAAGAAAAGAAGGAAUUUGAGUUAUAUGAUAUUGAAAUUCAAAAAUAUAAUGAUUUGGUUAUUGGUAGUAAAUUGAAUUUUGUAAAAGAAUUGGAGGAUAUUUAG